CGCAGCUCCCAAGCACACAAGGAUGAGGGGGGAGAAUGUCACCAAGGUCAGCGCCUUCAUCCUGCUGGGCUUCCCCACGGCCCCCGCACUGCAGUACCUGCUCUUCCUCCUCUUCCUGCUCAUCUACCUCUGUGUCCUGGUGGAGAACCUGGCCAUCAUCCUCACCGUCUGGGGCAGCACCCCUCUGCACAGGCCCAUGUACUACUUCCUGGGCUCCCUGUCAUCCCUGGAGAUCUGGUACGUGUGCGACAUCAUCCCCAAGAUGCUGGACGGCUUCCUCCUCCAGCGGAAGCGCAUCUCCUUCAUCGGGUGCAUGACGCAGCUCUACUUCUUCAGCUCCCUGGUGUGCACCGAGUGCGUGCUCCUGGCCUGCAUGGCCUACGACCGCUACGUGGCCAUCUGCCACCCGCUGCGCUACCAGGUCAUCGUGACCACGGGGCUGUGCUUGCAGCUGGUGGGCUUCUCCUUCCUGAGCGGCUUCACCAUCUCCGUGAUCAAGGUCUACUUUAUCUCCAGCGCCACGUUCUGUGGCUCCAACGUCUUGAACCACUUCUUCUGUGACAUCUCCCCCAUCCUCAAGCUGGCCUGCACGGACUUCUCCACUGCAGAGCUGGUGGACUUCAUCCUGGCCUUCCUCAUCCUGGUGUUCCCGCUCCUGGCCACCGUGCUGUCCUAUGGGCACAUCACCCUGGCCGUCCUGCGCAUCCCCUCGGCCACCGGCCGCUGGAAAGCCUUCUCCACCUGCGCCUCCCACCUCACUGUGGUCACUAUCUUCUACAUGGCCAUGAUCUUCAUGUACGUCCGGCCCCAGGCCAUCGAUUCGAGGAGCUCCAACAAGCUCAUCUCUGCUGUGUACACGGUCCUCACGCCAAUGGUGAACCCCCUGAUCUACUGCCUGAGGAACAAAGAAUUCAAGGAUGCCUUGAAAAAGGUCUUUGGCUUGGGUUCAGCUCCACAGUAAAACAAUUAA